AUGCAAUAAUAAUUAAAUUCUUAAGUUAUUUUAGAUCGUAAUCAAGAAUUCAAAGGAGUUGAGUUCUAAUUCAACUCUAGAAAGAUUGUUGUUGAAAACAUAGAUUCUCUAGAACCAUUAUCAAAGUAUAUUGAUGCAGAUAAACUCAAUGAAAUUCUCAAUUAUAAAAUUGAGGAUUCAAAAAAAGGAGAAGAAGGCAUGAAAUUGAAUUCGCAUAUUAAAUAUUAUGACUUCUCUAGACCUCCAACUGGUAUUCCUAAAAAGGCUUUCAGAGCAUAUAGCGCUAUAGCAAAGAAAAAGAAGUGA